GUUCCGAAGUGAAUAACAUAGAAAGUUACUGUAAAUUAUAGGAUGAGAGCUUCUUCUUCUUCAUCAUCAUUUUUCUCUCACUUUUGUUCCGCCGCUCUCAGAGCUAAACCACUAGGAAAGUCAUCUGAUGUUGUCCGUACAAACUCCGGCGAAGGUCUCGUCCGCCGUCUUGGACCUUUUGACUUGAUUCUUCUGGGAAUUGGCGCUUCAAUUGGUGCCGGUAUCUUCGUCGUCACGGGCACCGUCGCUCGUGAUGCUGGUCCUGGAGUUACGAUCAGCUUUCUACUUGCAGGAGCAGCAUGUGUCCUGAAUGCCUUAUGUUAUGCUGAGCUAGCUUCUCGUUUUCCCGCGGUCGUUGGGGGAGCAUACUUGUAUACAUACACAGCUUUUAACGAGCUGACUGCUUUUCUUGUGUUUACACAAAUGAUGCUUGACUAUCAUAUUGGUGCUGCUAGUAUCGCUCGGAGCUUAGCAAGCUACGUUGUAAAUGUAUUAGAGCUCAUACCCUCCAUCAAGAAUAAUAUUCCAAAUUGGGUUGGACAUGGUGGUGAUGAUAUUUUUGGGUUUCUAUCUAUCAACAUAUUGGCCCCAAUCCUUCUAGUAUUUUUGACAAUAAUCCUAUGCCGUGGUGUUGGAGAAUCUUCACUAUUAAAUACUGUCAUGACCAUUACCAAGGUAACUAUUGUUCUUGUGGUCAUCAUUGUUGGUGCUUUUGAAGUUGAUGAUUCAAACUGGUCACCUUUUGCUCCAAACGGUUUUAAAUCCAUGCUAACUGGAGCCACCGUAGCUUUUUUUGCGUAUGUUGGAUUUGAUGCCGUUGCCAAUUCAGCUGAAGAAUCUAAAAGACCCCAGCGAGACCUACCAAUAGGCAUAAUCGGGAGCCUUCUUGUUUGUGUUGUAUUAUACAUCGGUGUUUGCUUAGUUAUUACGGGCAUGGUACCUUACAAUUUGCUUGGCGAAGAUGCUCCCUUGGCAGAGGCAUUCAAAUCCAAAGGAUUAAACUCUGUAUCAGUCUUGAUCAGCAUUGGUGCGAUUGCAGGCCUUACAACAACUCUACUGGUUGGCCUUUAUGUUCAGUCUCGCUUGUAUCUUGGGCUUGGAAGAGAUGGUUUGCUACCUGCAAUAUUUGCCAAGGUUCAUCCAUCUCGCCACACUCCAAUUCAUUCUCAAAUCUGGGUUGGAAUUGUUGCCUGUAUUUUGGCUGGGCUGUUAAACGUGACUGUGCUAUCACAUAUUCUUUCGGUUGGAUCACUGGCAGGUUAUUCCAUUGUAGCAGCUUGUGUGAUGACUCUUCGCUGGGAAGAUAAGAUUGAUACCCAUGUCUCAACCAUCUCGAUGUCGAAGAGGAUAGAAGGCAUCACUUGCAUAACUGUGAUUGCUUGUUGUGGUUUGGCUGCUGGAAUCUUUUACCGUUACAGUGUUUCAACUCUUGCAAAUAUAUUUCUUAUUUUACCCAUAGCUAUUGCAAUCGUUGCAGCUGCAGUACUUCAGUUUAGGCAGGUCUAUAAACAUCCACCUGGUUUCUCUUGCCCAUGGGUUCCAAUAGUGCCUGCUGUUUGUAUCUUCUUUAACAUAUUCCUUUUCGCUCAGCUUCACUAUGAAGCGUGGGUGAGAUUUGCGGUGCUCAGCAUUUUUGCUGUGUGUGUAUAUGCAUUUUAUGGGCAAUAUAACGCGAAACUUGUAUGUGAUGACACCCUUUAUUACCAUUUAGCACCAGAAGCUGAAGGUCAAUAGCAUUAAUGUAUGCGUAUUAUUGUAGUCUUAUAUGACGGAUGAAAUAUAGCCAUGUAAUGUAAAAUAUGUACCAUUUCUUCUUGUUAUUGGUUACGCGGGUCUAUUUUCUUCAAGUCAUUUAUCUAGUAAUGCAGACAUGUUCCGUUUCUUGUC